GUCAACGGUGACAGCACAAAUAGAUACACAAAGCAAAAUACGCACGAAAAAUCGCUAUGAAAAAGUGAACUGCACUGGUGCACAAUUUUCCGAAUAGUUUAAUGUUAUAGAGCACCAAAAUAAGCAUAGGUUACCACCGAUGGCCAGCUCCGUGCAGUUUUUACAAUUUAAACGACUGUUGGCAACACCCGCCGCUGGCUGCUAGAAGCAAUCGCUAGCGGGAAGAAACAAAACACGAAGAAGAACAAGAAGCAGUGCACAAAAAUAAUGAUCGUCGAGGAAGGGCUAGCGCAACAGGGCCCCAAACUGUGGUAAACAAGAAGAGCGAGUGUAAGCCAGCCAGAGGGUGUUUUGUGUGACUUUGCCACUGGAGAAGGAAGCUGCAUCGGAAGUGGCCGCAUCGUUCCGCGCGUACCGAUUUCGACGAUGAGUGUUGAAAAUCGGCACAUAAAAGAGGAAACCAGCAAUGAACACCACCGUGGUGCUGGUGACGGUUGCGUUGUUGUUGAUGGUGGUGGUGGUGCACGGGAGAUCGGAGCCGGGGAAGGCGAAACGGGUGAGGAUGAGCGAGAGUGCCAGCAGCAACGUGACACGAGAACGAUCUACAGUCUCAACAUGAACGUGUGCCGGUUAUGUCUGUCGGAAGGACACGGUCACCUGCAGCCGGUGUUUUACGCGCAGGACUCGCCGGACGAGAUUCUGCAGCAGAAAAUAUUUGAGCUAACGACGGUGGAGAUAACAUUCGCGUUCGACUUUCCGACCAGCGUGUGUAUGGAGUGUCUCGCCAAGCUGGAUGAUUUUUCGCUCUUCCGUCGGCAGUGCAUCGAUAACAAUGAAAUACUGAAGCUCAAGUACUACGAGCUGAAGGCGGAAGCGGAUGCGGAAGACUACUGUCCGAAACAGGAGUGUAAGGACAGCGAAGAAGGCCUUCAUCAUCUGCCGAAUGUGAAGAAAGAGGAGCAAUUUAUGCAAAUCGAAAGAGCGUCCGUCAUAGACGAACAGCGGAAUGGCGCCAUGGUGGCGGAUGAUGCGCUGGACGACGAUCAGGUGCCGUACGUGGAGGACGCUGCGGGAAAUGAGAUCAUCAUCGGUGACGGGCAGGAAGAGUACGGUGUACCGGAACAGCAGCAACCUGUAGCCGGUACGAAAAUACAGUACGUGUCGGAGGAUGGCACAAUGACGGAAUACAUAACGUCCGGGGCGAUCGUGCGUCGAGACGUUGGCUCGGACCUGGAGGAAGCGAAUGGCGAGGUGGGGCAGGAGAUCUAUUACACGGUCGGCACGGACACGUACGCCAUCCCGACCGGUGCGUCCGAGGCCGGCAGCUAUGUGCCGCAAGGUUUCUCCGACCAGACCGAGAUCGAGUGCACCACCAUCGAGGAUCAUCUGCCGGAGGAGUACGUGGAGGAGAUACCGGCCGUGGCUCCGACGGUCCCCACAAACACUCAGAUUGUGCUGGCCGGAUCACGCGGCCGGCACGAUCGGCCGUUUGUGUGCAAGCACUGCAAGACCAGCUUUAAGUACGAGCACAACUACGACCGGCACAUGAAGAAUCACGCGAAGGUGCUGUACCGCUGUACCAAGUGCUCGAAAACGUUCGUCAAGCUGCGCAAAUGUCAGCAACACUUCAACAAAGCACACUCCUCGCAACGAUACGAAUGUGACAUCUGCUACCGCACGUACAGCCUGCCGACGCGGUUGGAAAAUCACGUCAUUGAGAUGCACUCCGUAAAUGGUGUUUACCGGUGCGAUCGGUGCCAGGGUGAAAUGUUCAGCUCGUACCUAGAUUUUAAAGCGCACCGGAUGCGUUACCACCCCCGCACCGACGAUGGCACGGCCGGAAGCGGUCCCACUGGCGGUGGCACGGAACCGGCACCGACCAUUAUCAGACAAACGUCGUUCGGUGACGUGGUGCACAUGGAGCACGUACUGUCCUCCAACAGUGCGUACUCCUCGCCAGACAGCCCAACGCCCAGCACGGAUUCGGAGGAUCAGCAGGCAACGAAAGAAGCGCCAAUCGCCCGUGGAAAGCGUCAGCCGGCUGGCAGUGGAGUAAUGGUUUCGAGGGCGCGAACGCGCACCAACGGCCACAACAAUCGCACAGCAAAAGGACAGAAACCACCGUCGCACACCGUCGCAACGAGCCCGCUGCAGCAACAACCGCCACAGCAGGAAGUGAUCCUGAUCGAUGACGAUGAGCAGCAGCAGCAGCAACAAGGUGGACCACCGCUCACGAACGGAACCGGUGCACCGACCGUGCAUCGGGAGUUGCUGCAGCAGAUCGAGGAAAGCGAAGCGAACUCGGUCGGUCCGAAGAUGUACACCUGCGACAGUUGCCCGAAAACGUUCGUGCAUCUAAACAAUCUGAAAGCGCACAUCUACGCCGAGCACGACAAUGACAAACCGUUCAAAUGCAAGCUCUGCCCAAUAUCCUUCAAGACGAAGGAGAUUCUCGUGAUGCACAUGCUUCUCCAUGCGCAGAAUAAUAGUGCCACCUAAACCACAAUGCAGUGAUUGUGGAGCACACAACCCCUAUACACACACACACACCCGCCAUUACAAACGAUUAUUAUGUGCCAAAAUUUGCUUCCUCUGCUCCUGUAUCCUGUUUGUCGUGUCGUUUUAAGUUGCGCCAAGGAGAAGGCAGCAGGCAGUGCCGGGUGCCCACAUUCAUCCAUAUUGGAGUGUAGAGUAUGUUAAGCGAGAUUUCAGUUCCGCGCGGUCGUCGGGGUGCCCGUGACCCGUGCAUCCCGCUCCGGGGGAUGGGGGGGGGGAUGUAUUUUUAUUAAGGCCAGGCUACAUGAUGCGAGAUGCCAA